CAGUUCACUCAGCCGACUAUAUGCAGAAAUCCAGUGUGCAGUAAUAGACGCAGGUUUAUGCUGGACAUUGACAAGUCGACGUUCGUUGACUUCCAGAAAGUCAGAAUCCAAGAGACUCAGGCCGAACUCCCUCGUGGAUGUAUUCCUAGAAGUGUGGAGAUAAUCCUCCGCGAAGAGAUAGUGGAGUCUGUCCAGGCCGGAGAUAGGUUCGACUUCACAGGCACAGUGAUAGUGGUGCCGGACGUGAGUGCCCUGUCACUGCCGGGUGCCCGGGCCGAGAGCGGAGCCCACCAUAAGACGGGUGACGGCAACAAUGAAGGCAUAAGGGGCCUCAAGGCACUCGGAGUCAGGGACCUGAAGUAUAGGAUGGCCUUCUUGGCGUGCAGUGUCACGCCUACAAAUCCCAGGUUCGGAGGCAUGGGUGUGGAAAUGUUGCUAACCAAUGUGACGCCAGAGGUGAUGCGUCAUAACAUGAGCGAUGCCGAAUGGUCAAAGAUAUUCGAGAUGAACCGCGACAAAAAUCUCUACAACAACCUUAUCAACAGUCUUUUCCCUUCCAUACAUGGCAACGAUCAGGUCAAGAAAGGAGUGACUCUGAUGUUGUUCGGUGGUGUGCCGAAAGUGACAGGGGAAGGAACAACACUCCGCGGUGACAUCAACUGUUGUAUUGUUGGCGAUCCCAGCUGUGCCAAGUCACAAUUCCUCAAACAGGUGGCAGACAUGUGUCCGCGAGCCAUCUACACUUCGGGCAAGGCAUCAUCGGCCGCUGGAUUGACAGCGGCUGUGGUGAAGGACGAGGAAUCUUUUGACUUUGUGAUUGAAGCCGGUGCACUGAUGUUGGCAGACAACGGCGUGUGUUGCAUUGAUGAAUUCGACAAGAUGGACCAGCGAGACCAGGUGGCCAUUCACGAGGCUAUGGAGCAGCAGACCAUCUCCAUUGCCAAGGCAGGAGUUCGAGCGACACUGAAUGCGCGGACCUCGAUUCUGGCGGCCGCCAACCCAGUGGGUGGACGCUACGACCGUGCCAAGUCGCUACAGCAGAACAUCGCACUGUCGGCACCCAUCAUGUCUCGAUUCGAUCUAUUCUUUGUCAUUGUCGACGAGUGUAACGAGACAGUAGACUUUGCGAUAGCCGAGAAAAUCAUCUCCCUCCACAGUAACAACGAACGUCACGCUGAUAUUGCCUACACACAGGACGAAGUUCUGCGCUACAUCACAUUCGCCAGACAUUUCAAGCCUUGUAUGGGAAAGGAAGCAGGAGAACUGCUGGUGAAAAUGUACACCAAACUUAGGAUGCGUGACGCGAAUUUCAGUUCCAAGGCCAUGUACCGCAUCACAGUCAGGCAGCUGGAGAGUUUGAUCCGUUUGUCGGAAGCUUUUGCCAAGCUCGAAUGUCUUGAUGAGGUCCAGCCCCACCACGUGAAAGAAGCUUACAACCUUCUGAACCGGUCCAUAGUUCGCGUAGAGCAACCAGACAUCGUUCUGGAGGCGGAGACUGAAGACGACCCGUCAUUGGCUGCCGCAGGUGACCACGCCUCCGUUGCCAUGGAAACCGACCAGGAUGGCGGCGGGGAGGGGGCAGACGACGACCAAUCAGAGGACGCCGCGUCGUCGCAAGCCAAGAAAAAGAAGAUGGCGCUCACGUUUGAAGACUACAAGGCGAUGACUGAUAUGCUGGUCGUCUAUAUGCGAAAGAAGGAGCUGGAGGCAGCUACUGAAGGAGAGGAAACGGAAGGUGUGCGACGUAGCGAGGUGGUAGCCUGGUAUCUGGAGCAGAUUCAGGAUCAAAUCGAUUCUGAAGAAGAACUGCUACAGAAGAAAAAUCUGGUUGAAUGCGUUCUCAAUAGGCUGGCUUUCCAUGACCAUAUCGUUAUUGAACUGGUUAAAACCGGUCUGAGAGGCGAAGAGCAUGAUGAGGAAGAUCCACUGCUCGUUGUACAUCCCAACUACAUUGUCAAUCUCUAAAUUAUCCCAUUAUCAAAACCUAAUCAUUAUUGAUUAUCAAUUAUUGUAAGAGUUAUGAGUGAAAGUGGACCAACUAUAAUGUCAAUCUCUAAAUUAUUCCAUUAUUAAAACCUAAUUAAUCAAUCAUUAUUGAUUGUCAAGUAUUGUAAGAAUUAUGAAUGAAAGUGAACCAACUAUAAUGUAAAUCUCUGAAUUAUUCCAUUAUUAGAACCUAAUUAAUCAAUCAUUAUUGAUUAUUAGGUAUUGUGAGAAUUAUGAGUAAAAAUGGACCAACUACAUUGUCAAUCUUCAAUUUAUUUCAAUUUUUAAGCAUCAUUUAUUAAUUAAUCAUUAUUGGUUACUAAAUAUUGUAACAAGUAAGGAUUCAAGUAAACGAUUCAAUUUAUAGGUUUUUACUCGUUUGAGAAAAGGUUUAUAAUAGAGAAAAGAUUGCUUAAAAGUAUUUUUCUCCCUCAGAAAAAUUGUUGCCCUCGGCUUCGCCUCGGGCUUCAAAAUUUUCCCUCAGGGAGAAAAACAGUACUUUUCACUCUAGAUAUACAAAUAACUAUUAUUGCAUUAUAUGCUAUUUUUUCUCCAUGGUUUUAUUGGACGGAAAAAUGCUUUGUUGACCACCCUGUUGCAUGAGAAACUACAAGCUGAUGUUUUUGUAAUUUUCUAUUCUAACAACCAGCUGACUCCUAAUAUUGUUAGUUUGUAUUUUCUCAUACAAUAGGCCCCUGUGGCAAUGUUCAAAAAAUACUAUGUGCCGGUUAAAUUUUAACUGUGAUUAAUUCCCGAGAACCAAUCAGAUAAGCCGUCUUUUCAAAAACGCCUUCUCUGAUUGGUUCUCGUGAGAUUAAUCACAUUUAAAAUUUAACCGCCUGUUGUGCAACCAGGCCUAUAUGGUAAUGUAAUAGAAUUCUAUAUAGGUAAGUAUUCUAGGUACAUGGCAUAUUCCAGUCUAUAGUAAUAUUUAUAUUGAACUGUCGGCAUAAGUGGUCCGAGAAGUAUCGGUGUUAUAAAUAAUACUGAGUGCUGGUUGCACAAAAGCCGGUUAAAUUUUAACCAUGUUUAAUUUCACGAGAACUAAUCAGAGAAGCCGUCUUAUCAAAAAGGCCUUCUCUGAUUGGUUCUCGUGAGAUUAAUCACAUUUAAAAUUUAACCGGCUUUUGUGCAACCGGACCUGACAGCUUUAAGAGUGAGAGGUUAAGAUUCAUGAACAGUUUAAUUGAGAGCUUGAGUAGGAUUUUAUGUGAAGAUUUUUGAACAGUAUUGUGUAAUUUGAAGUUGAUUACAAGUAGACCUACAGAAACUCAUAUUAUUUGUCAGAGUGUCAGCUUGAUUUAUGUUGAAAUAUUCCCUGAUUUUUGUAAAUAUUGAUGACCUUUAUACUGAACAAGAAUAUAGAAUAUUUUUUGUCAACGUU